AUAAUCACCCCCCCCCAAUCCAUCAAUCCUAGCACUCUGACUCGUCGGCGCAUGUGCAAGGUGGAAAUGAUCAGUGAGGCUGAGAAGAGCUGAGCUGGGCUGGAUUGGAUUGGAUUGAUAAAUGUUUGCUUGCCUUAUGGGGGGGGACGCGAAGGAGGAAAAGAACGAAUGACAUAUGAUAUGACCCCCAUCGAUUCCUCCUCGACCUGUUGCUCUCUCUUUUCCCCUCUCCUUUUUUUUGUUGGCUGACAACCAGCGCUUCUCUUUGCUGCUGCCCCUGAGAGGGAAUUGCAAGGGAAUAUUGCGACAGAGAAGGCCGACCCAGACGACAGCAAACCAAACGAAACAUUUCCCCAGGAUCUGAGGGUGUAGGGAUCAACACAUUUAGAGUUUCCCUCUUGCGCCGGGGUCCCUGAGCAUACUCCGUACACCCACCCAGCAUUAAUAUCCUUAAUCCGCCCGCCCAAUGGAGGCCAUAUCACCACCACCACCACACCCGGCAGCGCAGUCGGCGCCAGCGCUGAUCUCGAGGCAGAGUGCCCCUCCAUCCGGCGCCCCACGAGACGCCGUGGAGACGACGACCAUGGACCUGGAUCUGGGUUCGAAUCUGGAUCAAGCCCACAGCCGAGAAACAACAAGGGACGUGCAAGUGGACAUGGCCAGCGAUGAUCCCUCGGCGCCCAGCAUCCUCUCCCCCGGUAUCAAGGUAGAGUUUCAUGGCAGCGGCGCAUCGACGUCGACCAUGCCACCCUCCCAGCCAACCCGCGACAGCAGAGGCGGCGAUGGUGUGGACAGCGCUCGGCCUCCCAUCGCCCCUCAUCCUCGAUCUGCACCUGCUGUCCAACAAUAUUCGAGCCCAAUGAGACACCACAAGAGGACCCCUAGUCAACAUCGUGUGGUCAAGGAGACCCUCAACGCCCGCUCCGAAUAUACAAACGACGACUCAGACGGCCGCUCGCACCAUGUCAUCAACCAGUACACCAUCAAGGAGGAGAUAGGCCGCGGAUCCUACGGUGCUGUCCACCUCGCCGUGGACCAGUUCGGCAAUGAAUACGCCGUCAAGGAAUUCUCAAAGACCCGGCUGCGCAAGCGCGCGCAGUCCAACAUCCUGCGCCGCGGCCCCAGGCGCGGGCCCGGCCGCUUCCCACCGCAGCCCCGGACGGCCGCCGACGCCGACGCCGACGCCGACGGCGGGCCCGGGUCCGGGCCGGGCAUGGACCCGACCGUGUCGUACCAGCUGCGCGACCACAAGAAGUCCGAGGCCAACGACUCGCUGUUCCUGAUCCGCGAGGAGAUCGCCAUCAUGAAGAAGCUCAACCACCCCAACCUCGUGUCGCUGAUCGAGGUGCUCGACGACCCGGAGGAGGACUCGCUCUACAUGGUGCUCGAGAUGUGCAAGAAGGGCGUCGUCAUGAAGGUCGGGCUGGGCGAGGCCGCGGAGCCCUACAGCGAGGAGACGUGCCGCUACUGGUUCCGCGACCUGAUCCUCGGCAUCGAGUACCUGCACGCCCAGGGCGUCGUCCACCGCGACAUCAAGCCCGACAACCUGCUGCUGACCGACGACGACGUCCUCAAGAUCGUCGACUUUGGCGUCAGCGAGAUGUUCGAGAAGCCCGAGGACAUGCGCACCAAGAAGUCGGCCGGGUCGCCCGCCUUCCUGCCCCCCGAGCUGUGCGUCGCCAGGCACGGCGACGUGAGCGGCACCGCCGCCGACGUGUGGAGCAUGGGCGUGUCGCUGUACUGCCUGAGGUACGGCCACAUACCCUUCAACCGCGCCGGCGUGCUGGAGAUCUACGAGGCCAUCAAGGAGGAGACGCCAGUCCUGCCGGACGACGAGGACGACAACUUUAGGGACCUCAUCAUGAGGCUGAUGGAGAAGGACCCGGAGCAGAGGAUAACGAUGCCCGAGAUCAGGGAACACCCGUGGGUCACAAGGGACGGCACCGACCCGCUCCUGGGCGCCGAGGAGAACUGCUCCGAGCUCGUCGAGGCCCCCAACGAGCUCGAGGUCAGCCACGCCUUCACGCGCCGCAUGGGCCACCUGCUCUGCGUGAUGAAGGCCAUCUCAAACUUCAAGUCCCUCCUCUCGUCCCGGUCGUCGCGCACAAACAGCCCCAGGACGAGCCUCUUCCCCGAGGACGCCGCCGAGCUGUACAACAACAACAACAACAACAACAACAACAACAACAACACCAGCACCAGCGCAAACCACGUCCCCCGCUGGACCCGCCUCCACAAGCCCAAGCCCUCGGCGGACGAGCACGACCUCGAGGCCCUCAGGCGCGCAAACGAGGAGCACGCCGCCCGCCUCCUGGAGCAGCGCAAGCACGUCCUCCAGAGCAGGGGCGGCAGCGCGUCCGGGCCCUUCGGGCUCCCCGUCAAGCCCCAGCCACCGCACAGGAACAGGAGCGGCGACAGCGGCAUCUCCUCGGACCAGGGCGGCGGCGGCCCGACGGAGGAGGAAUCAGGCCGCAGCCACGGGGAGCGGGACCCGGCCGCCUCGCCGGGGGUCCCCGCGCUGCUGGGGAUCGGGACGGGCGGGCGCGACGACGGCGGCGACAACAACAACAACCUGGCGGAGGAUGGGGGUGGGGAUGGGGGAGAGGAGGGGCAGGGGCAGAUGUCGGUGGUGGCCGACUCGCCCGGCGCCGUGGACUUCAACGUGUACGACCGCGCGUACGAGGAGGAGGUCGCGCGCAUCAAGAGGGCGGGCGGGCAGCCCAGCGUGUACAUGACGUGGCACCUCGGGUCCAAGGGGCGGUUCCACGGGGACGGGGGCCUGGACGUGCGGGAGGAGCACGGCGACGGGGAGGCUGCCGCUGCUGGUGGUGGGGAGGGGGGCAGGGAGGCUGGUGGUGAUAACAAGGCCGCGGGGGCGUUCAGGGGGAACAGGUUUGCCGAGCUUGUCUCGCAGACUAUCCGGGACACGAGGGCCCGGAGCCAGGAGGGCGAGGGCGGGGGCGGGGGGGAGAAGGGGGCUGAAGAGGAGGGGAGCUGAGGUGAGGUGGUGCGGUGGUAUAUACGUGCUCGUGCGUUGAGAUACCUCCGCUCCGAGUCGAGUGCACACGAGGACUCGAGCGGGGGCGGAUAUAUAAUCUUGGGGCGGCUGUGGACAUAUACACAUAUAUGAUCGACCCGUUGGGCGUCGGGAUGGCUAAUUAGCAACAAAUGAUACCUGCCAGAGUGCAAUGUUUCCUAG